UAUUCCGCUUCGUCCACGAGGCGACCUGACGGGGGGGAUAUCACACGCCUCGAGAGAGGAUCUGGACAAGGAGCAACCAAACGAUCGCCGGACGGUGCUGAGCAACGUGCUUUGACUCCUUCCGUUCCUCGGUGCUACGAGCCAGGGAAACGAGCACAGUCAGGACUCGGCUGUCCUGUCGACACGAUCCACGAGAUCGAUCGACGCCCACCACGCGCCACCCUUCGUCACCCGCGAGGAUAAAGGAUAAACGCGGCGGACGCACGCUCGGUGUGGAGCACGUGUAUCGGUGAAGAUCCAUCGUCGCGUAGCUCUAGUGACGACGUCUAGUCAAACAGGAAGAGCAAUUAGAAUCGUUAACGCGCGUAUACGCUUCGCUGUAGUCGAUGACACGGGGGAGGAUAGUUGCCGCGUGACGAGCACCUUCCCUGACCGAAAGCGUGUUUCAAAAGCGUGUGCGUCGCGAACACGUGGUCGCUGUGCCGCCACGAGGGGAUCCCAUCGCGAGGAGUCGAACAUCAUCGGGAUGCAUGAUCGGACGUUUCGAUCUGGAUACACGUAGAACACGAUCCGGUGGAUCGAACGAGAAGAAGAAGAAGAAGAGUGCCCGAGUGUGUACACGAGGAUUAGUGUGCUGUUGUUGAAAAACCGGAGUGCCUCCUACUUUUCCUUUUCCUUUGCUCUUUUCUACCUCUUCUUCUCUUCCUGACUGACUUUCGUUUUCUUUUUCUCUCUUUCUCUCUCUUUCUCUCUCCCUCCCCCGAGUAGUGAACUCGUCGAACGGUGAAGCAAAAUAGUAAUAAAAAAUAGAUAAAGAGAAACGGGUUUCAACGGAAAACGAAAAGAAACGCAACGGAAAGUGAGAAACCGUUCACCGGAAGUGACAGCCACCAGCAGCGGCAGCUUCACCACCCCGGCUUCAAGGUCGUGGAAUGACGCAUAAGAUCAUCCCGGACGACGAGAAGGAGCAAGGCCGAGGGUGACAGAAGCGGUGUGAUGAACGGAUAUCUCGGUAACAUCACCCUGCCCCCAACGUUGUUGCACGACCCGAAGUACCCCCCAGCCAUGCGGGAGAAGGACUCGAGCCCAAGAAAAAUGCCGGGCCACAUAAGCCCAAAACAGGCGAGUAUCUAUCCGCUUAGCGUUCGCGUGCCGGACGUCGAGGAGUUGCCGUAUGACUUGAGCCACGGCCACGGUCGGGGUUUAUCGAGUCCCACGAACCAACAGCAACACCAGCAACAGCCGCAUAUGAGUCCCGCGGCCCGGCCGCCUCAGACUCAUCAUCAGGAGGACCUCGACUGCGAGCCGCUGGACCUUCGCGUCGAUCACAAGAAGGAGAGAUUCACAGAUGAGAAUCAGAACGAAAUCGAAGUGUUGAAUCAGAACAGCCUCGGUGGAAGUCUCCCGUACCACACAGUCCUGUUUCCUCAGCAUCAUGCGGUUCAUCCUUUAGUUCUAGAAGCUAUGUACCGGUCGCACCAUCAUAGUUCGCCGGUGCCCGAACUGCCCAAGAUCCAAGUCCGAGCCCUGCCAACGAUGGUACCCUUGCCACCUAACAGAUUCUCCUCGACCACUUCCUCGGCAUCGUCUCCUUCGUCGCAAGCAGUGACGAGAGUCCCGAGUCCCUCCGCCGGUCAGCAACACCAGCAGCAACAACAAAGUCACUCGAGUCAGCAGCAACAGCAACAACCCUCCUCUCUCCCACCCUACUCCAUCAGCGUGCAAGCUGGUCUCAAGCCCAAGGACAGAUACUCGUGCAAAUUCUGCGGUAAAGUGUUCCCCAGAUCGGCCAACCUGACGCGGCACUUAAGAACGCACACGGGCGAGCAGCCGUACAAGUGCAAGUACUGCGAGAGAUCGUUCAGCAUCUCUAGUAAUCUUCAGCGCCAUGUAAGGAACAUUCACAACAAGGAGAAACCGUUCAAGUGUCCGCUGUGCGAGCGGUGUUUCGGCCAGCAGACGAACCUGGACAGACACUUGAAAAAACACGACGCCGAUGGACCGACGAUAUUGGACGAGGUCAGGUCCAGGUACCACGGCCAAUUGCCCAGGGCGGACGAUUCUUAUUUCGAAGAGAUCCGUAGCUUCAUGGGCAAGAUCACAUCACAGAGGCAGGGCAUACCUUACUUCCCGGGGUUGCUGGGUCACGGCGGGGAUGAUUUCAGAAACGACAAGCAACAGCUUCAGCUAGAGGAGAAGAGAGGCGACUCAUCGUACUUCAGUGACAGGGAUAAUCUCAGCUCGAGGUCGAGCAGCACCACUAGCAGACCCGAAAGCGAGCACGAGGAGCAGAGAGAAGCAAAUUCACCGCCGAUCUCCCCUGCGAAUAACACUUGAGCCGAGGGACCAGAUUAAACACCGAGAUUUUUGCGAGGACUUUCGCGUCGCAACUAUAGUGGUCAAGUUUUCUAAGGACGAAGUGAAUUAUUUUUAUAGGAACGACUUCUAAUUUUACAUUCCCCGAUUUUUAUACCUUACUGGAAGUGUUCAACUUGUAUCGAGGUGCCUUAACGAUUACAUAAGUGCCUAAAAUGUUCGAGCUUGCUCGACCGAGCAGAUAAAAUUAGUUUUUAAGUAAUUAUAGUUUAGUAUCUUAGAUGUCAGAGCAAAGAGUUCCAGCAAUUGAUCGACAAAGAAACGACAGGAGAGAAAGAUACAAAAUUUCUUGAAAAUGAAUCCUAAUUAUUCUUCUGUCGUACUUUGUAGACCGAUUUUAUCGAAUGUUCGUGAUAUAGGAAAACGCGCAGGCUGUCAAUCGAAACGACCAAUUGUACAAAAGUAAAAAAUCGAAAUUAUUUAUUUUCUGAUCUAUCUGUAAAACGUAACGUGCCGGAUUUUACGAGCUAGAAAGCGAAUUUCAGCCACUCUAGUCUGGACCAUGGUACCGAGUGCCGUCCAGCAGCGAGCGAACAAUAAAAUUAGAAACCGAUGGGCGGAUCUGUGCCAUUGUCAAUCAUCCGAAAAUGAAAAUCGUCCUCAGCCGGAAGGAACGAUACGAGCCAUUAAGUUUGCUUCGGUUAAGGAAGUAUCCCAGCCCGGAACCGUUCUUACAAAGCAGAAAGUCAUUAGCCCUGCAAAAAAUCGAAUUAUCUUCUCGUAAAGAUUUUUAUCAGUUUCUGGUUUUCAAGAUUCAAUUUGUCAACGGUACAAGUCCGUUCUCCCGAGGGAUAACCGCUGGGUGUUCACAGAAAAACGCGUGGAGGAUGAAAUUUGACGAAGAUAAAUAAUACUGAAACGUGGGAAAGCACGCAGAAUCUACUGACACGGAAAACCGGCUUCCUGUUGCCGAUGAUUAGCAAGAGAGGCUCGAUGCGGCUAGAUAGAUCCCACACGAUCCAGUCCCUCUCGCUUCCUGCGGAUGGUCGCUGAAAAUUGUACCCGGGGCGAAAACGAUCUAAUCGCCUGGCUUCCGCUCGUGACUGCGCUACGAAUUCGUUUGCCACUUUCUAAUCGCCACUCGUAAUGGGAGGCGCGUCGACCUUGGUGGCAAGCGGCCCGCUUCGAUUAAUUGUACACUGAUCGCGAAUUACGCGAAAAUUGGCAUCGGACGGUUGCGCGACCGACUCGUAAUCAACGUAGAACUUUUUUUCGAAUAGCGGUUGAAUGAAAUUCACCGGGUUCCAUUGAGCAAUAUCCAGCGUCAGAGUAAAGAGAGAAUUGAAUAGGCAGUGGUACCAAAGAUUGUAGAGAGCGUAAAAUUGAAAUCAAUAAUGGAACGAGUGUAAGAGAUGUGAGUUAAUUAGGAGACGCGAGUAGGUUGAAAAGCGAGAGGGAGCGUAUCGUGGCGAUCGAAUCGGUGCGACACUGGGUGCCAAUUUAUCGGUACUUUCUACUAUGUACAUUCACUGCAAGUAGCGCAGGUGCAGCGAGCCGCGCGGGCACGAGAUCCUCUUGACCUUGGUAAACGCGAUCGGAACGGCGACGCGACGAGCCCGAAAGAGGAAAGGCUGCGGACGUCUUCUUUCCCAAGGAGGCUGCGAAGCGAUGCUCGCUGCAAGAAACGCGGGUCCACGAGAUCUGGGUGGCGACGCGUGAGAAACGAUUCGCGCUUUCUAGGCUGGAAUGCUGACCGAUCUUCUAAAUUGUAGAUGCCUUCGGGUAGAUGAAACGCGAACAUCUGCGACCUUGAUAACCAGCUGAUAAGAUCGAGUUGCGCCAUUCAAUAUUGGCUCUCUUGCGACCUUGACAGGACUCGGUUUGCUUGUCUCAAAUCCUUUUUGAUUAUUUUGCAAUACGCUUUGGAAAGACUUAAGCAUAAAUUGUCGAAGAUUCUUUAAAAGUUGUAAAUGAUUCAUAAAAUCCAUUUAAGAGAACGAGCCGAUUUCGUAAGGAUGCAGCACGGUUACUUCGGUGUGACUAAGCUUCCACGGUAGAUAUCUGUUUGCAAAGCCUCGAGAGAGGAUGGCAGGCCCUGUUUUUCUUGCCUCACGCAUAUACGAUCCGAUGGCCUCGGACCUCUCUUGCGUUACACUUUUGCCACGCCCCGAUCGGACGGGCAAGCUCAUCGCGAAAGUGAAACGCAAUAAAGGAGCCACGCCGUGCCCGAGAGAGCCUCUCGACAACCAUGAAACGCUAACGGAGCGUGUACACGCCCGGGAGAACGGAGAGAGAGAGAACGAGAUACCCGAUCGAUCGAAACCUCGAGGCUUGGAAAUCGGUUACCUCGCGGCCUCCCACAGUCACGAAUCCAGCUUAUGCGCUUCGCCCAAAAUUAUCGACUCGAUUUGUCGAAAUUGCUUUUACCCGUGCAGUUUGUUUUAAAGUGAGUCUGAGACACUAACAAGCGCGAGGGUCGGUCCAAUCUUCGUCCUCGGAAUUAAUACAGCUGAUGAAACUUCUUUUUUAUCAUUAUUAAAUUCCGUGAUACUUCAAAGGUUACUUCGCUUCGGAGAAAAACCGUGUCCUGUUAUCUUACCGGGAUCACCGGUUUCCACGGUGGGCAAUCAACGCCGACCAGUUCGGGCAGAAGAGAAGAAGCCGCGAAAUUUCUCGGCGACGAGUCUAUCCGCGAAAUCGCUACGCGUUCUCACGUCCGCGCGUUUUUCGAUUUCGAUCUCCGGUCUCUUUCGGUUCCAGUUUUACACGCGCGAUGAUUUCACUGGACGGGUCGGUCCGAUACGAAUUACGACAGCCUGUUGUUACGAGAGGCGGUCGAAAAAAAAAGAAACACCGGUGUAAAAGACGCUUUAGAAACCGUGCUAGAAAUUCUCCAUCGUGGUGUUCAGACUAUAAUAGGUUACCUUCUCCGACCAUCGGCCGGUUAUCAUUGUAAAUAAGCAUGUGUUCAGGAUCACAUUAGCGGAUUACGAUAUAAUAAUUACACCGUUGGACGUUCACGCGAUUGCACGAGAUCAUUGUACAAAAUAACUUCCUACACACUUUUUGAUUGAAUUAUAAAGGUUCGUGUGAGCAUCCGCGGUCUAAUAUCUGUACUUGUACCUAUAGCUGCUAGAAUUCGAAACGAGGCUCAAUUUUAGUUAGAAAUCGUCGAGAGGUGUUAGUUUCCCGCGCGUCGACGAAUUUCUAAAAAUCUUCCGAUUAGUACUCGCAGUUGUAUAAUUGAUUAUAGAACUCGUCGACGGGCGCACAGCUGAUGGCAGCUAAUCCCGCUAAACCCGUGUGCAAUUAGGAUCAGAAAUUGAAGAGCGGAAGAAAGGGAUCGAAUAAAUCUUCGAUUUAAACGGGGAGGGGUGCGCGCGUUCCACCCUGAUAGUCAGCGCGCGAGUUUUACCGGCGCGGAAAGAGUACCGUUUUUAAUUUUGAUACAUAGCUUAUACGUUACACAUAAACAUAGAGAUCUAUAUACGAAAUAUAAUAUAUAAUAUGUGCGUGCGUGUGUUGCGAAAAUCGUACGACGAUUGUGAUUUCAUCGAGGUUACCGAGUUUACACGUAUUUACCGUUUAGCGACGAACUGCUAUCACGCGCUCGUUACCUUCUUACAACCGCUAGCUCGUAAGUGUGCGCAAGCUCAGUUCUCUACUACCUUUUUCUUUUCUUUCAUUCAGUUACAUAGUCAAAUUUGAGGGAUGGAAUUUGAAGCGAAUCAUCGCCUCGAGAUCAGCAUACUUCUCUCAAUCUUUUAGAUCAUCGCGCGAUUCCUUUCCUUUUCUCGUUAGCGCUAACGAUCUCGUUGCGACAAUAUCGCCUGGUCGAACCAUUUCCGUUCGCCGAUCCUACUUUUUACUGUUUAGCUCCGUAGUCACGCGUCCUGUAGAGUUUGUAGUGGUGACUGUAUAUAUGUUCAUAUGUAAUUUUUAAAAAUAUAUAUAUAUAUGGAUGUACACACACACACACACAGUUGCAGAGAAAAACGAAUGUAAAGAAA